UAGUACAGUCAGUUUCAGAAUUUAGUUUGUACGCGUACCUACCAGGCGAUAGUCGUUAUCCGUUCUACCGCUGCGUUCAGAUUCGGUUUAGUCCUUAGCUGUACGACACAGGCGGCUCAUACGGAAUACAGUGUGCGAGUAUAAUAAAUUGAAAUCGUAAUCACCGUGUUCAUUUUUCCCUUCGACAAUUGAAACUUGCCGGUAUUCAAUUUAUUUUUAAAAACGAAACGCACAAAAAAAAUUGCGAAAAAAAUGGAAGUCGUACCUCCGUAUUAUAUACAACCGUCGUAUCCCGUUCAUUCCACGCUCGGAAUUUUGAAGCUGGAGGACAUAGAGUCGGAAACUAGCGCGUUUAUGGCGCUACACCAGAGACUAGAAGAAGAGCUUCGGGCGGCCAAACGAGCGCAAUUAUCGUGCGGAGAAGUGUUGCUACCACCAGACCUUCUCCGGAGGAUAGCCAGAGACGUUCUUAAAAUGGCAGAAAGUGAACCCUGCGGUCUCCGAGGAUGUACCUUGUACCUGAAUUUCGAAGGCGACCAAGAGUGUCGGAAAAUCGGUACAAUCAAAUGCGACACAAACACUGUGUCGACGUUCGAGCUGUUCCUCACACUCAAACAAGACCCUCGAAAUACAUGGUCGCUCAUUCCACUAUUCAUUAGGAAUCUUACAAAAGGAGGCACCAUAGUGAUCGACCACGAAUUCACCAUAGAAAAACGGAAGCUGUACAGGUCUUUUUUAGAGUGAGAAGCGCCGGUUGUCCGGCGCCGCCGUACGCCAUCUCCACCUCCUUCUCAUUAUCAGUAUCUCAUCAAAACACCAUCACUACCAUUUCUACCACCAACAACACCGCCAUCACUGAUGUGAGUGAGAGAGAGCCAAGACUGAUCCCCACGGAACAGCCUGUGCGUUUUUUUGACGAAAUAACAAAGUACACACGCGUCGAGCGGCGUACGCCGGUCACUGCUACUGCUACCGUCAAGUAAUGAUCGUAUUGUUAUUAAAAAAAAAAAAAAAAAUAA